AUGAAGGCCUCGUGUGUCUUCUGGCUGAUCGCCUGCUUGGUUUUGGCAGCAGGCGUUGUCGCACGACCUGGGCCUCCUUCAGCCUCUCCUGAGCCUGAUUCCGGAACUCCCUCCGUCCCUGCCCUGCGUGAUGCGUCGUCGGAGAUAUAUCUUCCAGGAAGUUCCUCUGACGAAAAUCUGGAUGACGUAGUGUCCCUGGAUGGUGGCUUGGAGAACUCGGUCACCCCUUCAGGCAGUGAAGCAGAUCCCGUGGUUUCCAACGAUACGCUUGGUGAUUCGAUUAGUGAAUUUAGUGACUUCAAUGUUAGUGAAUCUUCUGGUGAUGCUGCUGAGAUUCACUUUUUGAAAAGUGACUCAGAUCGUCCUCCAAGCAAUGAAUCGGUGGAUCCACUAUCUUCGAAUGAGGAAUCUCUGUCCCUGGCCACGUUGCGUAAUGAAACAGAGAUCUUUGUGUCGACUACUAAUGAAUCUGUGGACCCGUCAUUCGCUAAAUUACCGGAAGUAAAUUAUACUCAAAGUGAAUCGCAAAAUCCCUCCCAAUCGCAGAAUUUAACUAUGGUCUACAUCCUAUCAUUCGGAGAAAAAGAAAACCCUGCUUCGUCACAGGAAGAUGCACAGGAUUAUUUAAUCAUGAACGAAAACAUGGAGGAGUCUGAUUCAAUGGAUAAGGAAGCUUCACAAGAUACAUCGGGUGAAUCUCUCUCUGCGCAGGUUCCCGAGAGCCAGAUUUCUUUCUUUGAUCAUUCUAAGGGCGGCAUUACAACCGACGGUGCUUCAGACAACCUAGUCGCAUUGUUCUGGGCUCCAGAAAACAUAGUGUCUACGCAUAUGUCGAGAGAGCGAUCAGUGUCCCAUAAUGCUUUUCCUGAGGCUUCUGGCACCUCUUAUAAUGCGUUACAAAAUCCUUCUACACCACAGAGUCUUCCGGGUAACCCAAUUCCUUUCCAGAAUGUUCCCGAUGACCACAAUUCGCCUCAGAUCAUUCCAGUUAAUCACGUCCUUUUCCUAAAUGACCAAGACGAUCAUAUACCUUCCCAGAAUCUGCCAGAAUACCCUAUCCAGGCACAUGAUAUGCUUUCAGGUCACGCUCUUUCACACAGUAUUUCUGGAGGUAUUUCCGCCUCGAAUGUACAGAUAAAUGCACCGAUAGAUCAUGAGCAAGGAAAUGCUCCAGAUGUUACUGUACAGAAUCUCUCCGACCAUGGCUUUUCACAUGGUACUUUUGAGGAUAAUGCUUCACACGCUGUUCAUGUUAAUGUCCCUUCAAAUACUGGCGGAGUUAGUGUCGCUUCACAUGUACUCCAAGCAGAAGUCCCUUUACAUUCUGCUCAGGUCGAUAUUGCUUCACACGUUCCUGAAGUUGGUAUCUUACACCAUGAUGAGCAAAUACCAGAUGCCCCUUCACAUAUUAAUGGUGAUGUUAUUUCACAUGUUAAUUCUAGGGAUAAUCCUUCACAGACUAUUCAAACUAGUGCUUCUUUAAAUACCGUCUCUUCACAUGCUGCUCAUGCUGAUGUCCCUUCUCAUAAUACUGAAUUCGAUAUUACUUCACAUACUUCUCAAGCUGAUAUCCUGUUCCCUGAAAAUCAAGUAGCAAAUGCCCCUUCACAUAUCAAUGCUGAUAUCGCUUCACCUAUUUCAUUUAAGGAGAACCCUUCGCAUGCUUUUCAAGGUAGUGUCCCGUUAAAUACUGUUGGAAUUAGUGUCUCUUCUCAUGAUGCUCAUGCUGAUGUCCCUUCACAUAAUACUGAAUUCGAUAUUAUUCCACAUAGCCCUCAAGCUGAUAUUCAAUUCCAUCAAAAUCGAGCAGCAGAUACUCCUUCACAUAUUAAUGUUGAUGUCACUUCACAUAGACCUCAAGUUAUCUCUUUGCAAAGUAGCAUAGUUAACGUCCCUUCUCAAAUUACUAAUGUUGAUGCACCUUCGCUUUUUACGCAGUCGGGUGACCUUUCACCUAAUGCCCAUCCUAAUAUCCUUUCUCGUGAUAGUAUAGAUUUCCCUUCACAAAUCACUCGGGUUGAAGGUCCUCCCCAUGCUACUCAAGGUGAUGUCCAUUCACAAGAUUUUCUCUCUGAUGUCCCAUUCCACGCCACUCAGACUGAUGUCCAUUCGCAGAAUAUUCCGGUAAAUCUUCCUUCUCACCACACACCUUUACAAGAUGACCUUUCUUCCCAGAGUGCCGCAGUAGACGAAGCCCCAGUUCAUAGCAUUUCAAACGUGAACAUUCCUUUACAGAGCGACACUGCAGUUCAUAACCUUCCACACAGAUUCUCUGACCAUGAUAUUUCUCAGCACAGUUUUUCUGAACACGAUAUUCCUUCACAUAGUCCUCCAGUAAGCCAUGUCCCUUCAGCUGAUUUCCCUGAACAUUUCCCAUCAGUUCAAAAUCCUGAGCAUUUCCCUUCAGACAAUAUUCCCGGAAGUCUUUUCCACCCUGAUAAUUUCCCACAAGAACAUGAACACAGACAUUCUGAUUUCCCUUCAAACAGUAUUUCUGACCACCAUGGCCCUUCACCUAAAAUCUUGAUAGACCAAUUUGCUUCAGAGAACGUUCCACUGAAUCAAGUCCCCUUACAUGGUCAUCAGAUCCAGUCAGCGAGUGGUCCCGUAAGUCAAGUCUCUUCCCACUUUGCAUCAGUAGAUAGCCCAGAAAUUAUUUCCGGAAGCCUCGUUCCACAUCAAAGCGAUCCAGUUGAUCAAGUCAACCCACAUGGCUUUACUGAGAGUCAUCCCUCGUCAUUUAAUAUCCAAGAACAUCAUGCAUCAUCCGUCAAUUCUCCAUCAGAUUUUGUUACGUCAUUUGAGCCUCAAAGGUUUUCUCCUCAGGUCGGUCACUCUAAUGCUCUCAGUGAUCUUAAUCCUCUACAAGGCGCUGCUCUACAAAGUCAUAUACAUACUUCUGACGGUAAACCUGACACAGCAUCCGUAGCUCCACAUAGAUUCGACGCUGCAACUCAUGCACCAUCAAGUUCGACCUUUACUCACGAUUCUUUUUCCCAUACUAAUGAGCAGAUUCCUCGCCACCCAUCACAGAAUGUCAAUGUCGUGAGUACCCCGACCCAUCAUAAAGCAAACCAUGACUCACUAGAAGGUAAUGCUUUCUUAGACACUGCCUCGACCCCAACAGUUCUCCAAGAUCAAUCACAUGAAGGAAUUUCCUCCUUUCCGAAACUCCUCGUUAAACCUGUACCCUCUAGUAACACCCCCUCUGAAGACAUCCCUUCACAUCAAAGUCUGCCACACUCUUUUCCCCCGCGCAUCACGCAUCACGAAACCCGAUCGGAGCCCAGACAGCACCAACACAUCCAGUCAGACCACCCACAAAGUGGCCAGUUUCAUCAAGCAUCUUCUAGAGGGCCGUCUUUUGGCUCUAAUGCACCGCCUGCAGUUCCAAACACAAUGGCUUUUGAUGAAGAAGACGACUCUAAGGAGGAGGGGAAGCCCGCUGAGUACGCCUUCACCUACGUCGCGCAGGACGAGAACACCGGCCACAACUUUGGCCACGAGGAGACCCGACAAGGGCACAGAACUCAGGGCUCCUAUUACGUCUCCCUCCCCGACGGCCGAGUUCGGAAGGUGAGCUACUACGUGGAGCCCAAUUCAGGCUUCGUGGCCAGGCUGAGUUACGAGGGGGACGUCAGCCACGACCGAGAGAACGACGAGAAACGUGAACAUCGCCCUGGAAGUCAGUUUGGCGAGCAAGAUUACCCGAGCGUUCCUGAGCAGCCUCCCGACGUUGCUUCGUAUCAAUGAUCCAUUCUGACAAUACGUCUUUUGUUGUGUUAUUUCUUUUUAAUGUGUUUCAUAUAAAACUCCUUACUGUAUAA